GUUUGUCGACUACGUGUUUGGGAUCACACUUUUGCUCGUAUUUAACAUAGUUAUUUGGUACGUAAUUCGAACAUUACUCGAUAUUAUAAGGCAAGGAAUUAAAUAAUAUUACCAACUCGUUUACCAUUCGGUUUAAAUUUAUCAAAAGUACAGCUUUCUACGUAUCACUAUAAUUUAGAGUGCGACAUGGCAGACAUGAAAAAGAUUAUACCUUUUUACCAUUCGUUAAGGGGUAAUACGGAGGAGGACAAGAUACUUUUAGAACCGGUUAAAUACAUUCUGCAAUGCAAUGAUAUAUUUCCAUAUAAAAAAAUACCGUCGAUUUUCAACUACUGGUUUAAAAUAUCACCCGAUAAAUUUCAACUGAUCGACGAAAUAAUGCAAAUGGUCAAUACUGCAAGCAUCAUAUUCGAUGAUAUUCAAGAUGAGGCCGUUAUGCGAAAAGGUUUUCCCGUAACCCAUUCUGUUUAUGGACUUCACAAUUCAAUAAACGCUGCAAAUUAUUUAGAACUUAUUGCUUGUGAAAAACUUACUAAUUUACAUCCUAUGGCAGUUAAAAUUUUGAUUGAACAAUUGAUGGAAUUCUACAAAGGUCAGGGAAUGGAUAUAUAUUGGAAGGAAAAUUUUAUCUGUCCAACGGAAAAAGAUUACAAUAUUGUAGCAAUAAGAAAGAGUGGUUGGUUAAUCAUGAUGGUGAUAAAAUUAAUGAAACUAUUUUCUACUUAUGAAGAAGACGUCUUGCCGCUAGCAAGUACUCUAGCAUUGUAUCAUCAGAUAUAUGAUGAUUAUUGCAAUUACGAUAAGAAUACUGACGAGAACAGUUAUUGCGAUGAUUUGACCGAAGGAAAAAUGAGUUUCUUAAUUAUUCAUGCACUUAGAAACAAUCCUCACGAUGAGGAAAUAAUAAAUAUUUUAAAACAACGAUCGAAAAAUAUUAAAGUAAAACGUUACUGUGCUGAAGUAUUAGAGAGUUAUGGCUCAUUUAAGUACGCAAGAGAUGUACUUGAUGAACUGGAAAAAAAGAUAAGAACCGAUGUUGAUCGUUUAGGUGGCAAUCCGCUUUUAAUAAAGAUUUUGGACUAUUUUAAGAAUAAGAUGUUGAAAACACGUAUCUAAAAAUUCUUUAAACAAAAUAAUAAAAAAUUCAGAA